AUGCUUGAUUGCUUGCAUAAUUUGUUAUGGUGAAAAUCCUAAUUCAAUCAAUCUAAGAAUUCCUUGUUUUCCCAACUAGCAAAGUUGCCGAGCCGACCCAAGCUUGUGAACUUAUGGCUGUUCCAGGAGUGUGUUUCAGGACGACAUCGUUUUAACCUGCUAAUAGUGCAGCAAGUAAAACGGCCGGGUACUUCGUCGUUUCAAGCUGUUGGGGUCGUUUUCGCCAGGUUCCAAGGAUUGGCCAAGAGCAGAGCUCCAAACCUCUAACCCCAACCAGUGAAGAAGAAGAAGAAGAAGAAGGCCAUUAAGGGACGGUUUUGUCCGAAGUUUUUGUUAGCUGAAGAGUAGAGAUUUCAGGCAUGUGGGCAACGGCUUCUCUUCCUUUGGGUGCCAGUCGACCACCCAUCUUUGCAAGAUCACUUACAAAUCGCGUCAACCCAAAUUCCUUAAAGCUCCGAGCUUCUUUUUCCGAUUAUCCUCUCGCAAGCAAGAUCAUGGUUAGAAAUUUACCAUUUUCAACCAGUGAAAGUCGUUUGAAAGAGGAAUUCUCAACUUUUGGCCAAGUAGCUGAAGUUAAGGUUGCCAGAGAUGAAGCUACAAAGAGGUCCAAAGGGUAUGCAUUUAUACAAUAUACUAGUCAAGACGAUGCCAUGCUGGCCAUAGAAGAGAUGGAUUCCAAGAACUUUGAAGGUAGGGUGAUUCAUGUUGAUCUUGCUAAGCCUGUGAAGAACGUGGGCAGGUCUCCAAUAACUUCUGGGCCUCCCAUGGAUAAUAAUCCGCCAAAGCAAGACAUGGAAGAGGAUUAAUUAGAGUUGCAGCCAAAUUGUAAUGUUCAGCUGAUUCCUAACUUGGCCAGGCUUGGUCCGGUUUUCCAGCCUCGUUUGUCCGACUGCAUUUGACUUGUCCCUGGCCACUUUUGAUUGGUCGGAGAAGGGGAAUUGUUCUCCAGAUGGGUUGUUGUAUUGUUAUCAUAUGACAAUUUGUUUGGUGUUGAAUGGUACAUUUGGUACAUGGCCUUAAAUUUGUAGAGCAUAUGCAUUUGAAAUCAUAUAGGAAAGCUAGAUAUACACAAUGUUACACAAAA